AUGUGCUUCCCAAUGUACGCGGUGCCCCUGAAAGUGCUGCUUCAGAUGGGUGAGAUGAUCCCGCAUGAAGAGCUGAAGGCCACUGGUCGUCUUGUCGAAUUCCAGAACAGUUUGGGCAAGGCCAUGUUUGUUUCGCAUCAGUGGGUUGGCCACCGGCAUCCUGACCCGGAGUUCAAGCAGCUGAAGGUGUUGCAGGAUGCUCUUACUUACGUAACGACGGAACUAGAGGUCAUACCUGUAGACCUGGUCACCGAGACGAUGAUGCCAAGUGCCAAGGGGCUUCGUACUGCAGAGCUUCGGUCAGAUCCGCUCUUUAUUUGGUAUGAUUAUUUUUCCUGUCCACAGCUGGAGUACACGUCACAGCGGCGAGACAACGAGAACCGCAGCCAGCUCCUCAAUGCGAUUGCUAGCAUUCCUGCUUAUGUUAACACCUCCAGCUUCUUUCUUGCUCUUUGCCCCGUGGUCGAAAAUCCCAGCCAGUCCAUGCUCUUUACACCAGCGAGUUGGGCCGAACGUGGAUGGUGCAGGGUGGAGAGAGCCCUUCGUGAGCUCUGCAGCGAUGAGUCAUGGAUCAUGGUCAAGAGCGCUACUAAUGUGGAGCUUGUGCUCGGCAAAGAGGCCUCCGUGGGUGGUGGGCCGCCUGGCGAAGGGGAGUUUUCCGUGGCAGAGGAUCGAACGGCUCUUGCGCCGGUCAUGGUGGAUGCUCUUCGGCGCAAGCUGCAUAUGCUACUACAAUCCCAAGACCUUGUGAGCUACCGCCUAGUGCUGAACCUGCAGGGUGUCUACCUAAGUGGCCUUCCUGCAGAAACUCUGCACGAGCCAGUCCCCGGCUUUUCGAUGAACACCGAGACGGACUCCGUAUCCAUGGCAGUGGCAAGCUUCCUCUUCCAAAAUGGCUUUGCUUCAGUGCGCCAGAGGGACCGCGCAGGAUGGUCACCCCUGCACUACGCGUCCCUGCGCGGAGACCCAACGCUGAUUCAAGGCCUGCUGGACCAGCGAGCUGAUCCAAACUGCAAGACACGGAGAGACCAACCACGGGUUGGAAUCCCUCCCUUGACCUCAGCAGUUUCCAUUUGUCUCUUGUACAAGCACAACAAGGCAGCGCGCUUGUUGAUCGAAGCCGGGGCCGCAGUCAACGGUAGUGGCCAGAUUCGCCCGCCCAUGACUUGUGCAGCGGAUGCUAACAACGCCGAGGGCGUGCGUCUUUUAUGUGAGUCUGGCUGCAGCCCACAUGCACGCAACCUUUUUGGGAUCUCGGCCUUCGAGUCAGCUUGCGCUUGUGGCUCUAUGGCUGCCAUGGAGGAGCUUCUCAGCCAAAGCCAGUCAGGAUUUGGAGGACGCAGCUUUGAUAUGUCAGAUGCAUUGUUCUGCGCUAUGCUGCAUCGCGGAGGCACUGCAGAACUGGUGCAAUGGCUGGUGAGCAAGGGAGCGAAUGUUAACAAGUCGCGGAGUGUGUGGAAGCAUUCUGUAGCUUUUGGAAUUCUGACUACGCUCAAGUCCCUUCAGCACACAUACGGCACGGCAAGUGCAUGCACAAAGUCCCUCCACCAUGUACCGGAAGCUACGCCUUUGAUGCUAGCUGUAAACACUUCCCAAUAUGCAGGUGCGGCGGCCCUUGUAGCAGCAGGAGCUCGGCUGGACAUUCGGAAUCUCCGCGGUUGGUCGGCGGCUGAUUUUGCAAAGGGACAGUCGAUGCCAGGUUUCUUGAUGCAAGCUCUGGAAGGGAACCCCACAGAGUGCCUGCGAGUCUCGGCGAUAGCCUCUGACGGUUAUGUCGAAGUGUUCUUCUGA